AGCUCCUGUGACAGACGGAGCUGGAGCGGCCGGGCGGCGGCGGAGUCCGGCGGCCGAGAUAGCGAGUGAGCGAGCGAACGAGCAGCGCCCCAGGCUCUAGGGAGCGAGAAAGAGCAGGAGGGGAGCGCUCGGGCGCGAGGGAGAGAAACCGCGAGCGCCGGGCUUGGGCUCGAGCCCCGGAACGGCUGAGGAGCCCGCCCGCUUCCCUCCCCUCCCCCUCCCCGGGACCGGGCCCAGCGCGCCAUCCUCCCCCUCCCUCCUUCCCUCCCUCCCUCCUUCUUCCCUUCCCUCUCCCUCCCCCCUCCCCCGCCGGUGGAUGGGAGUGAAGGACGGAAGAGACCCUGCGGAGGCGGCGGUGCAGCGCUCCGGUAAGGCGGCGAGGUGGAAUGAACCUUACUUGUUGAAUAUCUCCUCGUUACUGGUUGGAUUCACUUGCAAAAGAAUCAUUUUCCCCUGUGUGGAAGCCACUUGGUGGCAUAUUUAAUUAUAAAUCCAGGGAUUGCAAGGCUUUUUGAUUUCCUGAAGGAGGGACAUACCACUAUAUUAAAUAAGCUUGCCAUUACAGCCAAAAUGGUGCUGUCCCAGAGACAACGAGAUGAACUAAAUCGAGCUAUAGCAGAUUAUCUUCGUUCAAAUGGCUAUGAAGAGGCAUAUUCGGUUUUUAAAAAGGAAGCUGAAUUAGAUAUGAAUGAAGAAUUAGAUAAAAAGUAUGCUGGGCUUUUGGAAAAAAAAUGGACAUCUGUUAUUAGAUUACAAAAGAAGGUUAUGGAAUUAGAAUCAAAGCUAAAUGAAGCAAAAGAAGAAUUUACGUCAGGUGGUCCUCUUGGUCAGAAACGAGACCCAAAAGAAUGGAUUCCCCGUCCACCAGAAAAAUACGCAUUGAGUGGUCAUAGGAGUCCAGUCACUCGUGUCAUUUUCCAUCCUGUAUUCAGUGUUAUGGUCUCUGCUUCAGAGGAUGCUACAAUUAAGGUGUGGGAUUAUGAGACUGGAGAUUUUGAACGAACUCUUAAGGGGCAUACAGAUUCUGUACAGGACAUUUCCUUUGACCACAGUGGCAAGCUUCUGGCUUCCUGUUCUGCAGAUAUGACCAUUAAGCUAUGGGAUUUUCAGGGCUUUGAAUGCAUCAGAACCAUGCAUGGCCACGACCACAAUGUCUCUUCAGUAGCCAUCAUGCCCAAUGGAGAUCAUAUAGUGUCUGCCUCAAGGGAUAAAACCAUAAAAAUGUGGGAAGUACAAACUGGCUACUGUGUGAAGACAUUUACAGGACACAGAGAAUGGGUACGUAUGGUGCGGCCAAAUCAGGAUGGCACUCUGAUAGCCAGCUGUUCCAAUGACCAGACUGUGCGUGUAUGGGUCGUAGCCACAAAAGAAUGCAAGGCUGAGCUCCGAGAACAUGAGCAUGUGGUAGAGUGCAUUUCCUGGGCUCCAGAAAGUUCAUAUUCUUCCAUCUCUGAAGCAACAGGAUCUGAGACUAAAAAAAGUGGCAAGCCUGGGCCGUUCUUGCUAUCUGGAUCCAGAGACAAAACUAUUAAGAUGUGGGAUGUCAGUACUGGCAUGUGCCUUAUGACCCUUGUGGGUCAUGAUAACUGGGUACGUGGAGUUCUGUUCCAUUCUGGGGGGAAGUUUAUUUUGAGUUGUGCUGAUGACAAGACCCUACGUGUAUGGGAUUACAAGAAUAAGCGAUGCAUGAAGACCCUCAAUGCGCAUGAACACUUUGUUACCUCCUUGGAUUUCCACAAGACGGCACCCUAUGUGGUCACUGGCAGUGUAGAUCAAACAGUAAAGGUGUGGGAGUGCCGUUGAUUGAGUCUCAUUUGGCCCCUUCUCCUCUUUUCCUCUGGAUGCACUCUGAUGAUACCAUGGUUACCCCAUUGAGCUCUGUUUAAAUAAAUAUUGUCCUUUCAUGUAAAUUAUUCUGGAUGUAGAUUGAGCUUAUUAAAUGUUACACACAAAGUAUUCAUGCAUGGUGAAUCCAAAUUGUAUACUGUAAAUUUACAUACGUUGUCUAGAAGUACCAUAGGGUUUAAAAACCUGGGCUGGCGUUGGUCACACCAGGCCUACAAGGACAGAAAUUGAAUAAAUUGAUCUAGGGCACUAAACUGAAUAGUUGACAGUGUCAUUUUAUGUUGGAUUAUAAUUCCUGUUUUUCUUUCUGCUAUCUGUUGGUGCCUGACUUGUUGGCCUCAUUUGGGGAAAAGUGGUGGUUAUUAGGGCUUUUUCUGAAAUGUGUAUCUAUGUAACAUCACUUAAGUGUGCUUAAUAAAUCUUUAAGGAUGUUAGAUAAUAAGACAAUUCUAAAUCUUAUGAACCAUCUAUGUAAUUAAUGGGGAUUACACAUUGGAAUUUUUGUCAUGACCCAUUUGCCAAAUCAAUAGGAUACGUUUGUUUUGGCGGCCUAUCAAGCAAAGGCUAGUGGUAUAUUUAUGUAAGAAAAUGAUUGUAAAUCUCAAGAAAAAUCUCAGCAGCUAAUAGCAAAUCACUUCUUUCAUUUGGAUCUUAAUGCUUUGUAAACAGGUUAAUAAACACUGUCAUAGUCUAAGCUUCUAUUUUCCACACUAGACAUGCUUCUAGUUAUAUUCUUCAUACUAUUAGACUGUAUCGUGAUGUGACUACCAAGUAGAAUUUAACCUUCUCAUUGUCAUGGUACAAAUCACUUAUUUCUUUAUGAUGUUUUUUAGGGAUGUGCAAUGUGCAUUACAUAAUGACAGAAAUACUGAAAGGUUGUUUGCCCAUUUUAAAGGAGUGGGAGAAAUACAGAAGUUUGCUUUUCAAGGUAAAUCUGAUAAUUUGAACUAUGCUUCACUUACAAGUUUAAAAGUGACAGGGUUUAAUGGAGUGUGCAUAAAAAUGUACUGUUUUUCACCUUUUGUUUAUAUAUAAAUGUUUAUAAGUAUAUGGGCCUAUCUGUAGGUGGAUAAGUCUAUAUCUGUAUAUCACAUACAUACAACCUCCAUGUCUUAAACAUACAAGUAGAAUAAAUCUUGCUGUGGAAUACCACAACCAUGCUUUAGAACAAACCCUUUUUUUGUUUUAAUACUUCUAAAAACUAGAUCUGACUGGGGUGGGGGGAGGGUUCCCAGCUGAAGCAGAGUCAUUUCCUUCAUCUCCCCCUUCCCUAUGUUGGCCAUUCAGCAUUUUACACAUCCCUGAUAUAUUGUAUAUUUUGAUCCAAAGUUGCUACAAGUAGGUUUAAGAGAAUUUUUGUCCAUGACUUUUGGAACACUAUUUCAUUGUCAUUUAUUAAUAAAGAAUUCCAAUGCCUAGCUAAUAAUUUUUUUAAAGAAAGUUAUUUGAAAAGUUAAUAGAAAACAAUGAAAUAACAAUGACAGUUUAACAAAGAUAAUUUUUUCUGAAUUCCAUUUUACUCAUUUGUGUAAUACAUGAUUUUUUAAAAAUGUCCCUUUUAGUAUUUAAUGGAGAUUUAAUUCCUGAAAAAGACAAAGGGUGAGGGUUAAUGUCCUGUAGAUACAUACACAGAGAAUAGGCCAUGUAUUAACUAGAAGCAGCUUAAUGUCUAGCUUGUAUCUUGUUUGUUUGCUUGUUUGUUUUUAGUAAUUCCUGAGAGAUGUCUCUGGAAGGGAAAGUGUUUUGAGAAGUAAUGGCUAUUUUUGAGGACAAAAAUUACAUCUUAAGCUAAUUCCUUAAAUAGUAGGUUAACUUUCAGGACAAUAUUGCCUCACAACCCUGCUUACAUUGAGGAGUCUUCCUCCCUCACACAAACAGGCUGUGUUCUGACUGGACUUUUCUCCAAAAGCUAUGGAAAAUAUCUUUGUUCUCGUUUGCUGCUAUUUCCUGUCCUAUUUCAAGAAAUAUAUUUACAUAGAAAUGGUGCAUCUUAACAUUUGUUUGUACAUGUAUAAAUGUCUUGUAUUUUAAUUCAGUUUUAGCAUGUAGCAACAUGAAUUGUUUAAGGGUAAGCCACAACAUCUAGAAAUCACUCACAGACAUAAACAAUAAAGGAAAAAUGGUACCGAUUUGGAGGAACAAAGCUGCUGUUCGCUGGGUUUCUUCCCCUGCAGCAUACAAUGACUGUCAUUGACAAAGGAGGAGAAACAGUUACUCUGUAAGCAAAAGUUACCCUUCCUUGGGAGAUUGCCACAGCCUGCUGCCUAGUUGAGUUACCAGACAUCCUCCAUUUAAGAAGCAGCGAACAUUGAAUCUCAGGGAUGGUCCACAACUGGACCCAAAUGUAAAGAGCCCUGUUUGAAUAAUGAAGGGGGGUGGGAGAGAGCAAUCUAUCCACAAUCUGGAAUCAGAUCUGCAAAGGUUUCCUGCACUGUUGUUUGACACUGCCCUGUUGAUGCCCUUUCUUACUGUGUUCUCUUGUUUUCUCUGUCUGCUGUCUAACCCUGUGCCUUGCCUGGGAUAAGGACAAUAUGAUGAGGUUACUGGUUUGGAUUGUAAGUAGAGGACUUUAUUAAUUGGUUUAGAGGUUCACUGCUGCUUUGUCACUUUUGCAGAUUGGCCACUUAUUUAAGAAAUAAAAAACUGGUAGAAUUGCAUCCUCAGAUGAUUACUGACUUUGUGUGUGUGGAAACAAACAUUCCAGUGCCACCCUAAUAGAACGUGCCCAAGAAGUCCUAGCUGUGUUCUUGAGAGUGCAAGCCACGUAAACUGGUCUAGACAUUGCUGGAGAAUAGUUGCUUUUCGACAUGGUAUCUUGCACUUUAGGAGAUUAAGACCGUCCUAUUUUGUCUGUGUGUGGUGUGACCAAUGGAGUGCCCCAGAGCACUACCCAAAAACCACUAGUUUGCAAGACGUCCUGGGCUGUGGAGCGCUGUACUACUUUGGAAACUUUGGCUCUAGGUUCACCAAGCCCAGUCUCCUUAUUGUCAGUACCCUACUCUCCUGUUUGCCUCUUUCUGUUUCUAUGUGAACUUCCAGGUAAUAUCAUUCAUUAAAUAGUUUUUUUUUUAAUUUAAAAAGAAAAAACUAUUUAAGAAUAAAGGACAUUUUGUUUGUUGACAGUGGUGGCUUAAUAUACUUAAGCCACUGAAGUUGAAAAUUGAAGAAAAAGGCACUUAAUAUCGUUACUCUUUCUGUCCAGCUGUAUAUAAGUCCAAUGUGUUAAUUAAUCUAGAUGAUGCAAAGAAUAAUCUUCUGGUAGAGAAGUGACAUGUACAAAAUUGGUGGAAAAUGUUUUGUUUUUUUUUUCAGUGGGGUGGGGGGAGGGCAAGCUGGAUUUACAAGUCACAACUGGACUGGACUGGCCUUUUUAUCUUUCCACUAUAUCAUGUAAGUAGCUGCUUUCUUGUCCUGCCUAUCCUUCAGGCAUCCCUAAAGCUCACUCUGAAGAUGUUAAAAAUAAAAUCUUGGAGUUAAAAGUCGAUCCUGACACUGACAUGAAGGCAAACAUUGAUUUCAUAUGAACGUUGCAGAGGUGUAAUUGGAGAAAACAGUUCCCCAGAUUGUAAGAGUUCACUGAAGAUAUUGAUACAAUUUAAAAAAAAAUCAGUAAAGGAAUGUAUAUAAUAUUGCUCUUGUGUUUUACAGUAAGAUUUGUUGCUCUCAGACUGUGUAAAACAAAAUUUAUUCAUGUUUUCUGCAUAUUAAAAAUCUUAUUGUACCAAUUGGUAAACUAUUAAAUGCCUAUAAAACUAGAUGUGAUUUUUUUUGGUGGGGGGGUUGUGCACAGACUGAGGCUUCACAGAAAGAGUAAGACACUAGUGGGUCACAGGGCAGGAGUGCCUUGAUGGUAGGCUUUUCUUGAGGGCAGUGCCACCACUGGCUUUUCUGUGCUUGGAGGAAGCACGAUGGUAGGGCUGUUGCUGGGUGGGCUUGCACAGAACUGCUGAGUGGUUGGGCAGCUACAGCCCCACCCCCCUCUCCAGCUAAGCACUCUGAGGGUCACUUCAGCUGGAGCCAGGAAUGGCCUGUGAGAGCUCCCAAUAUAGAUGUGAUCCCAGAGGUAAGGGGCCUACUCCCUUGUUAUGAGUGAGCCUCCUGUAGAUCCCUAAUACUGUCUUUAAGUUUUAUUGAAGUGUACCUAAGUGUCUUCAUCUGUUCAUCCUCCCCACAGCUCUCUACUUUACAGGCAGGUGGUUUCUGUGUCCUACCUUAUCCCCAGGCUACUGCUCACCUUGUGUCUUUAGUGUUAGCUCCCUUCUCUCAUGUACAAAAGGACAGGUGUUAAGUCAUGUGCUGGCUCUUCUUUUACAACCCAGCUGUUCUGCUUCCUGUUGGGAAUAGCUUCCCCCCAAAAGGAAAGCUGGAUCCAGAAUAUCCUGCAUUUUUAGUUUUUCGCUUCCUUGUAGGGUACCUCUUUGCUUCCCCUAGAUGGGCCUGACCACUCACCCAGGAUGUAGAGUUCUAGCUUUAGUAAGUGCUCAAAGCCUGUGGCACAUAACAGGAUUCAUGGCUGUGUCUGUCCCUUGAUGGAGGGGGAGGGAAAAUGGAAGAGAAAAGGCAGAGAAAGGUGUUGCAGCACUCCCUGCAUAGUUUGGUGGAAACUGACUUGUGUGUGGCAGUUCUCAGCAACUGACACAUAUCAGAACCCUCUAGUGCAGCAAUUCACAAAGUUCCCUGAACCAGGGCACUGGCAUCAGCAUUACCUGGGGGUUCAUUAGAAAUGCGAGCUUUGGGCCCCCCCCCCCUCAGUCCUACUGAAUGAAACUUUUCAACUAUUUUUAACCUGCCCUGAUAUGAAGGAUUCAAUUUAUCACCAAAGAAAUUUGGGCAAAAGUUGAUGGUCCCUGGGUCCUAGGGCUGUGGUUUGAACUCCGAUCUCCUCUCUCUUUCACCCUUUGACACAGGGGAGUUUGUUCCUUUGUGAGUAUUCAGAUGGUCGCCAUUUCCAGGAAGUUACCUAGCCCUCUCCAUGAACAUGAAGGGACUAGGAGAGGGAAGGUGGUAGGCAUUGUGAAUGUUAAUGAGGCAUACAGCCUAUUCUCACACCAUGAAUGUGAAAUUGGUUUAGUGGAUUUUAUGGACAGAAAAACAGGCUCACAAUAAUGUGCGAUCACAUGCCGAGGGUAUUAUAGCUAAUUAAGGAGUGAGCUGGGACUUAAAAUGCAUUUGCUUUUUCCCUCACCUGCCUAAAACCGUAUUAGAUGUUGAGGGUAAGGACAUUGUGGUGUCUUUUAAGUUAUUUUUUUAGUGGGCUGGGCA